AUGACGGACAGUCUUAUUGAAAAGCUCAAGGCCUCCACCUUGAAUGAUCGGUCGGCCUCGGGCUCGGACGACUGGAAAAAGAACCUCAGACUUCCCGCUAAGGACACAAGGCAACAGACAGAGGAUGUGACCAACACCAAGGGCUUAGACUUCGAGGACUUCGGCCUCAAGCGGGAUCUCCUCAUGGGCAUCUUCGAGGCGGGGUUCGAAAAGCCCUCGCCCAUCCAAGAAGAGAGCAUACCGGUGGCUCUCACAGGUCGUGACAUUCUUGCUCGCGCCAAGAACGGCACUGGCAAGACUGCCGCCUUCGUCAUCCCCGCUCUGGAAAAGAUCAACCCCAAGGUCGCCAAGAUCCAAUGUCUCAUCCUCGUCCCGACCCGCGAACUGGCAAUGCAAACAUCCCAGGUCUGCAAGACCCUCGGAAAGCAUCUUGGCAUCAAUGUCAUGGUUACCACUGGUGGGACUGGGCUUCGUGAUGAUAUCGUCCGGUUGCAGGACCCCGUCCAUAUUGUGGUUGGGACUCCCGGCCGAAUCCUUGAUUUGGCUGGCAAACAGGUGGCCGAUCUAAGCGAAUGCCCCAUGUUCAUUAUGGACGAGGCCGACAAGCUUCUGUCUGUCGAGUUCACGCCCGUCAUUGAGCAGCUUUUACGGUUCCAUCCCAAGGACCGUCAGGUCAUGCUCUUCUCCGCCACCUUCCCGCUCUCGGUCAAGGAUUUCUCGGACAAGAACAUGGUCAGCCCUUAUGAGAUCAAUCUCAUGGACGAGCUGACUCUGCGCGGCAUCACACAAUACUACGCCUAUGUCGAGGAGAAACAAAAGGUGCACUGCCUCAACACGCUCUUCUCCAAGUUGCAGAUCAACCAAUCCAUCAUCUUCUGCAACUCGACCAACCGUGUUGAGCUUCUCGCCAAGAAGAUUACCGAACUCGGCUAUUCGUGUUUCUACAGCCACGCCAAGAUGGCCCAGCAGGCCCGCAAUCGCGUCUUCCACGACUUCCGCAACGGCGUCUGCCGCAACCUGGUGUGUUCAGAUCUCUUGACGCGCGGUAUUGAUAUCCAGGCCGUGAAUGUUGUCAUCAACUUCGAUUUCCCAAAGAACGCCGAGACCUACCUUCACCGCAUUGGUCGCUCUGGUCGGUACGGCCACCUUGGGUUGGCCAUCAACCUGAUCAACUGGGACGAUCGCUUUAACCUGUACAACAUUGAGCGCGAUCUCGGCACAGAGAUCCUCCCGAUUCCCCAGACCAUCGACAAGAGCCUCUACGUGUACGAGAAUCCCGAGAGUAUUCCGCGGCCCAUCUCGAACUUCAAGCCUGAUCCGGUCCAGCAACAGCAGCAGCAGCAACAACAACAGCAGCCGCAGCCGCAGCGUGAACAGCAGCCGCAGCCGCAGCCGCAGAAUCCGCCAGCUGAAGUGCAAUCACAAGGCCCAGCAUCGCAGCCGCGGCCUGUUGCUCCUGUGCAUGGAGAUUGGCAGGGACAAGGUUUUCGGCAGAACGGUUCCGGCCCCUCUGGCCCGCAAGGCCGUGGGGCCUACCAGGGCAACCGUGGGCCCUCAGGUUCCCAUCGCGGCGGAGGCGGCCGAAGCCGUGGCUUUCAGGGACAAGGGGGACGCCAGGGCUAUGGCGGCCAGCGUGGCGGCCGUCCACAGGGCUCUGGCCAGCCCUCGGCGCCUGUCCAGCAGGCAUAA